GGAGCCUGCCGGACACCCCGAGCCGGCCCGGGCUGCCAGAGGCUGUCCUGCUGUCGCCUGAAUCGUCUACCUGCUGCGAAUCAUUUCUGCCACCACAAUGGUGUGGAAGAACUUUGGCUCCCGAGUGCUCAAGGCCCAGAACUUCUCCAGCUGUCCCAAUGGCUCCCGCUGGAUCUGGGAUGUGUUCAACGAGUGCGUCCAGGAUGGCUGGGACCUCGCCAGUGUGGUCCUCGGUCUGACUUCGAUAGUCUGUUUCGUUGUUUCUACCUUCCCCCAAUUCGUGAAGGCCUGCAAGACGUGCAACAUGGACCAGGCCUUAUCCAUCUGGUUCCUCAUGGGUUGGAUAGGCGGGGACUCCUGCAACCUUAUUGGCUCCUUCCUUGCCAAUCAGCUGCCUCUGCAGACCUACACCGCCAUCUACUAUGUGCUGGCCGACCUCCUGAUGCUAUUCCUCUACUUCCACUGCAAAUACAAAAACCGGCGCUCCUUAAUAUCAGCCCCCAUCAACACGACCUUCCUGUUCAUCUCCUUCGGGGCAGUGGCAGCCAGUCCCCUUGUCCUCCAGUUCAGCCUCUCCACCCCACAGGAGGUCUUUCGGAGUAGGACCCUCCUGGGUUUGGAGCCCACUGAUAAAGGCUUCACCAAGCAGGAGAUUAUUGGCUUCAUCAUCGGCUCUAUCUCCAGCUUGCUGUACCUGGCAUCUCGUCUGCCCCAGAUCUACACCAACUUCCAGAGGAAAUCUACCCAAGGGAUCUCCUACUUUCUGUUUGCUUUGGUGAUUAUGGGCAACACGACAUACGGGCUGAGCGUGCUGCUGAAGAAUCCCGAGGCUGGGCAGACAGAGAGUAGCUUCCUGAUCCAUCACCUGCCCUGGCUCAUCGGCAGCCUGGGUGUGCUCCUGCUGGACGUGAUCAUUUCCAUUCAGUUCUUCAUCUAUAGAACUCCACACUCUUCCUCCCUUGAGAGGGAGCCCCUGCUGGGCCAGAAUCCUAGCUGACCAUGUGCCAAGGCCAAGGCGGAGCCAAGGAGGACCAAAGGAUCAGGCAGACCCCAAGGAGAGGAGUUCAGAAGGGAAGCUGUGGUGCAGCUUGUUCACUGGCUGAGAUGGGUUUAGGUGCUAAGGAUCUGGGGUUGGGGGAGGACUUUGGGAACCCUGAAGCUCUCCUGUCUCUUGCUGCCCUCCUGCCAGAGUCUUCUGCUCUCUGAUCUCUGAAAGCCUCUUUCUCUCCUUCUAUGAACCAGGCCCUGCCUCCUCAAGGACUAGACCCCAGUGGUUCCCCCAACUUUGGUCUUGGGCACCCAGGCAGGGCAGGAUAAACAGGGAUUUGUGGUUGGAGAACUUGACUGUUUUCAGUAAGGAUCACCAAGAUGUUUCCCUUCAAGUUUUCCCUGGUUUUGCUCUCCCUGACCAGGAAUCUCCCCAGGGGCUGGCCCCUGGUCCCCAAGACUCAACCGGGAGCUUCUUCUUCCCCUGUAUUUUAUUCAGCUUCAGACUUACUAGUAAAAUUCAUCCAAGGGGACAA